AGUCUUCCACCAGCCAUGGCCCUGAGCAGGAAGCUAUUAUAUUUUUUCUUUGUCCUUUUCUUCAUAUUGGCUCAAUGUCCAUCAGGGUGCCGGGCAGGACUCAAAUAUUCCCAGCCCUUCCCAGGAGGUGAUUUUGCUUCUUGUGAGUCGUGCAGGCUGGGCCGGGGCAAGUGCAGACAGGUGUGCAUGGAGGACGAGAAGGUGGUUGGCAGCUGCACGCUGAAAUACUUCUGCUGCCGCCUGAGGAUCUACUGA